CCGUCCCCGCCUCCGCGCCGUGGCGCGCUCAGACACCGGAGGCGAUAUGGGCGCUGCCGCGCGGGCAUCGCCAACGCUACCUAUGCGUGUGUCUUUCCUGCUGCUGCUUCUGCCGCUCCCGGGGCUGCCCGCGGGCUCCUGGGACCCGGCCGGUUACCUGCUGUACUGCCCAUGCAUGGGGCGCUUCGGGAACCAGGCCGAUCACUUCUUGGGCUCCCUGGCAUUUGCAAAGCUGUUGAACCGCACUUUGGCUGUGCCUCCUUGGAUUGAGUAUCAGCAUCACAAGCCUCCCUUCACCAAUCUCCAUGUAUCCUACCAGAAGUACUUCAAAUUGGAGCCCCUUCAGGCCUACCAUCGGGUCAUCAGCCUGGAGGACUUCAUGGAGAAGUUGGCACCCUCCCACUGGCCCCCUGAGAAGCGGGUAGCAUACUGCUUUGAGGUGGCAGCCCAGCGAAGCCCUGAUAAGAAAACGUGUCCCAUGAAGGAAGGAAACCCUUUUGGCCCAUUUUGGGAUCAGUUUCAUGUGAGUUUCAACAAGUCGGAGCUUUUUGCAGGCAUUUCAUUCAGUGCCUCCUACAAAGACCAGUGGAUCCAGAGAUUUUCUCCAAAGGAACAUCCAGUGCUGGCCCUGCCCGGAGCCCCAGCCCAGUUCCCUAUCCUGGAGGAGCAUAGGCCGCUCCAGAAAUAUAUGGUAUGGUCAGACGAGAUGGUGAGGACAGGAGAGGACCAGAUCCGUGCCCACCUCAUCCGGCCCUAUGUGGGCAUUCACCUGCGCAUUGGCUCCGACUGGAAGAACGCCUGCGCCAUGCUGAAGGACGGGACCGCAGGCUCGCACUUCAUGGCCUCUCCGCAGUGUGUGGGCUACAGCCGCAGCACGGCCGCCCCCCUCACCCUGACUAUGUGCCUCCCCGACCUGAAGGAAAUCAGGCGGGCUGUGAAGCUCUGGGUGAAGGCGCUGAGUGCGCAGUCCGUCUACAUCGCCACAGAUUCUGAGAACUAUGUGCCCGAGAUCCAGCAGCUCUUCAGAGGGAAGGUAAAGGUAGUGAGCCUAAAGCCUGAGGUGGCUCAGACUGAUCUGUACAUCCUCGGCCAAGCAGACCACUUUAUUGGCAACUGUGUCUCCUCUUUCACUGCCUUUGUGAAGCGGGAACGGGACCUCCAGGGAAGGCCAUCCUCUUUCUUCGGCAUGGACCGGCCCCCUCAGCUGCGGGACGAGUUCUGAUCCUGCCUGGACCACAUCACCAGUCCAUGCUGGUCUCUCCAGCCAGGACGGGCAACAAGAAAUGCUCCCAGGACUGAUCCCAAGAGAAGAAGCUCCUUUUCUCACUGCCAGAGAGAGAAAAGCAUCCGGACUGCAUGGAAAGAAACCUACCUCCCAGGUCACAGCACUCAUAGGCUCCUGGAGCUGGUGCCUCUUCCCUGCUCCUGUGUCCUGCUGCUCCUCCUGGGAAUUUCAUGCUUGAGCAAAGCAGUCUAUCCUGGCUUUCGCUCUGCCCUGCUCUGAGCAGCCUGAGAUGCUAAACUCUCUUCAGAGAGAGAUUUUUAUAGUUUUGAUACAAGAUCAUGAGCCCUAGAACUCCCUCCAUGAAGUUCAUUAGCAUAGACACCUAAAGUGACCUUAACUGAACAUGGGUGAGGCCAGGGGUUGGUAGGUGUAUCGGCCACUUUCCCGGAUGACCCCCAGAGUCAUCUGCCGUCCCCACUGUCCGGUCAGAACAGUGAUUUCUCUUCAGAGGCCAUGCUGGUGUUUGAGGCAUGAACACUCUCCUCUGCCAUGAGCACUGUGCAAAUGGAAGGGCUCGACCUGGCGUGCGCCAAACUCCACAGCUGGCCAAACGCCGCGCAGGCACCGCGCACAUCCCAAGCUGGCAAGCCAGGCCACCAGGCAUUGCUCUCAGUAUCUUGGUCACUGCUCAGUAUCUUUGCAGUCUGCUGCAAACCUAGCACCACCAGGGCCUCAUAACACAUCCCCAUUGGCCAGCAAGCCUGGCAGAAUCCUGAAAGCAGCUCUCUCCCCUUCUGAUCUCUUAACCAAGAGCCUGGUUGCAGGAUUUUGCUGGUAUCCUAAGCGUCAGACCAUAAGAAGAUACCAGGACCUGGUAGCCAGCAGAAUUUCUACUUGGAAGCAACCUUCGCCUGUUCCCAUCAAGUCCACCAACCCUAGGAGUCUUAAAGUCCUAGGUUGCUUUGUCUCUCAGAGGCUGCAGCUUUAAUGAUCCAUGACUCCCGAGUCUGAAUGUUUUGCCUCUUGGUUCCAACAUUUGUCUAACACCUGCUGAUCUCUUUGCUGCCAUGUGACCUUCAGCCUUCGAUCCUGUUCCAAGUGGCCAUGAGCCUAAGCACUGCUGACCCCCCACUUCAGUCAGAUACCCAGGAAAGUGGAAGAGACUGAUGGAAGCCAGGCCCAGGGCUCCACGCAGGGCUUGGUAGUCCCUUGAUUAUCUCUGGGGAAAUACCUUCCUUGUCAAGCAGACUGAGACAAAGGUGGCCAGACAAUAAGACAUUUGCUGCUUAGAGUUGCAGCCCAAAUCAAAAUGGGAGGCACUACAGACAGGGCUUUGGUACAGUCCUGUCGGGAAACUGUGUCUGUUCAGACUUGUUCCAGAGCCUCAUUUGUUCAGAGAAGUGGGAGCCAUGCACCCCAGCCUCCAUCGGGGUGAGGAAAGCCUGGCUUACUGGCUGAUCUCAUUUGCUGCAUUCAUUUGUGGUUCACAGCUUCACACUCACACGCGCUUUAGAGCCUGGGUCCUGAUGGGUCAUCCGAGUCAUCUUGAUUAACACGGGCAGUAAUAAGGGCUUGUGUUUCUGGAGGAAAGGGCACCCGAGUUCCAGUCAGAUUCAUUUGUAUUCUGUGGACUAGCACUUUGUUCCUCUGACCCAGUUUCCUCGUCUAUUAAAUAGUGAUAAAACAGACGGUUGUCGAAAGGCCCAAGUCAGAUAAAGCACGCAUAAGGGUACAGUGUGGGCUGGAAAGAGACCAGGCCCACGUGGUUGGUGUUAAUUUGUCUGCCUCUGUCGCACACCCGCUCUGUGCCCUCACUGCGCUUGGUAAGUGCUUUUGCGCAUUCUCUGGCUUAGUCUCCAACCAGCCCUGGAAGUAGGAGCCAUCCUCUUUCUGUUCAAGGAACAACUAAUUCUCUGAAAACUCAUACUUUCCCCAAACCAUGCUAUCAGCCACCAUGCUCUGCUGCCGCCAGUUUCCAGGACACACUUUACCCUGAGUGCUGGGGAGGCCCUAGAUGGAAAACAGUCAGCCACCUUAGUUUCCACUGGAGUCCUCCACUCCCUGGAGUUUCCAGGGAGAGGGGGAUCACCUAAAACAGUAAGCCCACAUGAAGCUUACCACACUGGGGUGGUUAUUUAAUGCAGCAUUCUUUAAGUCAUCAGGUAUUUAUUGAUCACCUGCAAGGUGUCAGACUGCUGGGUACUUGAGAUUCAGUCAAGAAUCAGACUAACCAGCUUCAGGAGUUUGCAUUGUAAGUAGAUGACAUAAUAAGCAAGUAAAUGUUCUGGUGGGAGGUGUUGCUAAUUGCCAAGUCGAAAAAGAAAGAGGUAGGGAAGUUUUGCCCUGGGAGCUCAGGAGAAACUUCUGAAGAGCUUCCUGGGAAGCAGGAGGGAGGGGUGCACGGUCAGGUGAGUGCACUGCUGGGGCACGAAAUGCGUGGGGAGGUCUGAAGCAGCAGCGCCUGAGUAGUAAGCAAGUGGUGGGAGUGGCAGGGAGCUGAGCAGAAAUCAGCAGGUGAGGUGAUUCCCCUAUGGCUGAAGGGGCCUGGUGAGGUGGCGAUUUGGCUUUCAUGUGGAGAGAUGGGAAGCUUUUGUAGGGUUUUAAAUGGGGGGUUCUGUUCAGAUGGUCUGACUGACAAUUUUGAAAGACCCCUCUGGCAACCAGUUAGGAAGGAGGUAGAAGUUCAGCGGCAGGGCUCAGCUGGAGACCCCAGCAAAGGCUGCUGCAUCAAAGGUGGCCGGAAGUGGCCACUUUCUGGAUACAUAAAAUUAUUUUCAGACUUUAGUCUUUUUGAAAGAUAGGUCUUAGGUAGUUUUAAUCAUGUAUAUGCAAGUCAGUGCCCUGUUUUCCUCUUUAUAGUGUAUAUAUUUUCUGUACUGGUACAUAGCCUGAAUAAACAAUUUUUUAGUGACAUGACAUCCCACUAAGGGGUGUCCCAUAGUUUAUACUGUUGUCCUACUGUGAGAAUUCAGUAUGCUCCCAAUUUGUCACCAUUGCUCCUUGAAAAGUAUUUUUAUUUGUAAAGUUUUUAUUUUCCCAUAUCUAAAAUGUUCAUUAAGGUGGUUUCCAGAAGUGGAUUUGUUAGAUCAAAGCCUUAAAAUUUUUUCUAUGGAAAGUUUUGAACUAUAGAUAAUAAUUAUAAGUAAUAAGUAAACUUUCAGUUUUCAGCAACCCUUAACAUUUCACCAGCCCUGUUUCCUUCAUUGUCCCACCAAGCCCCUUUACUAUGUUCUUUUAAAGAAAAUCAGUACGUUGGAAGGAAGAGCCAACAAGAUUUGCUAACACAGUGAGUGGGGAGGAGGUGGGAACUCGGUAGUCUAACUCUCCGUUUGAUGAUUUCAUUAUUUCAGGGUGAGUCCACAUUUAUGUAAGUGAAACAGUGGGAAUCACAUUUUUUAAAUCAAGUAACUACAAGUAGAAGUGGGUUUGAAUUAGGCAGGAAUGGGAAACGGGUGUUCAGAGGAACCGAAGCUGGGCCUGUCCUGACACAUCGGGGUCCUCUGAAAGUGCCUGCAAGUAGAGGAAGGGGCGAAGGAAGGGGGACCGGAGAGAGGGAUGGAGGAAAGUCGACUUCUUAUUCCAGGUUUAGUUCACUUCAGAGAAGCUUAGUGAAUAAUAGCAAUAAACUAUCA